CUCAGCACUGCCACUGUGCUACAGGGAAGAAACCCGAACAAUGACAGUAACCUGGUAGAAAUGUGACACACAGGCAGAGUUCCUGGUCCGGAUAAAGGCGACUGUGCAACUUGUUAAAGGCGCGUGGUCUUGUUCAAAUCUCCACGUUGUUUUUUUUUUUUGGUUUUUCUUUGUGAAACUCGGUUUUUAAUGUCCAAACUCCCGGGAAACGCAGGAGUGUCGGUGCUCGGCGACAAGUCUCUUGAGUUCUACCGAGACCCGGUGAGCUUCUACCGCCGGAGGGUUGACAAACACCGCGGGAGAGUCUUCCAGUGUCGCUUACUGAACAGACCCACCGUCUUCGUCUGCUCAGUGCCGGCCAUGACAGAGCUGCUGUCUGAGAAAUCUGGUAUAUUCGUCAAAGAUCCGACUGAUUUGAUGACCAACGUAUACGGUGACACCCUUGUGACCACUAAUGGUGAGGAGGCGAGUCUUCUGCGACUUUCCCUUACCAGCUUGUUUACAGGAAGUGGUCUGGAAUCUUCGAGGGAUUUCAUCUCCAGUGUGUGUGAGCACUGUCUGAAGGACCUCUCUGGCAGUGGCCAACCAGAGUGUGUUUACUCAGUCUUCAAACAACUUGGUACCGAGAUGGUGUUGGGUCUUUUUUUGAACGUGCGUCAGGAGCAGCACCCGGAACUCCUGUGGGAAAUCACUCAGCUGUGCACAGAGCACUGGCACGGUCUGAUCUCCGCCCCUGUGAGUGUGAAGGUUCCCAUGUGGUCGUCAGGUUUGUCCAUCGCUUUAGAGGCCAGAGACAAACUGAUGGGAAUCAUAAAAGACAAACUGGAGAGUGAGACAGAAGGCUUUGUGGGCUCUCUGCGCACUUUGCCGCUGCCAGACUCCGGCUCUGCUGCUCAGCAUCUCCUGCUCUUCAUCUCAGCUCUCAUCCCCAAAGCUUUGGCCUCACUGCUCACGUCUUUCACCUUGGCCCUGAGUGGAAAAGAGAAGGAGGAGACACGUCAGCAAGCAUUGAUGAACUCAGAUUUCCUGGAUGAAGUUCUGCUGGAAGUUGAGCGAUUGUGGCCUCCGUUCAUAGGUGGUAGGAGGUUAGCCGACCAGGACGCCACCCUUGCUGGUUUUCACGUCCCCAAGGGUUAUGGAGCUCUCUACAUCAGCCACGCCGUCCACCGUGACCCUGACGUCUUCCAGCUGCCGGACAAAUUCCUGCCGGAGCGAUGGAGAGGAAGGAAUGCAGAUCACAGGAACCUCCUUUGUACUUUUGGCAGUGGACCCAGGAACUGUAUCGGAUCUAAACUUACCCAUGUUUUCCUCAAAGAGGUGUGCGUGUACUUGUUGAAGCACUAUGACUGGAGUUUGGAGCCUCCGUCCCAAAAGCUGGACUACAAGUGGCUGCCGGUGUCUCGCCCGGCGGAAACGCCCACCGUUGCUUUCACCCCAAGGGUCUGCAACCUGGAGGGAGGAUCUUAAUAGCGGGAAUAAAGAAGUAGAAUUCCGUGGAGCAACGUUUCGGGAAACCCGGGGAGUGUGCUGCUCCGUGUGAGCCCCGCCACCCGCGUGGUGUUCUCCCCCACAACUCAUGACUCAUGUUUUCAUCUCUCGUCUGCUCCGUGUGAAUUCACUCUUUUGUCACGCUGUAAUUGCUGCGCAUCAUUACUGUAUCCAAAAGGUCUGCAUUCUUUUUAAGUUGAAAAUCAACUUAAAUAGAAACACACUUUUGUCCCCCUCAACCCCGGUUCACUGACAGCCUCCCCCUCCCCCCCACACCUAGCAACCAACUGCUUAGCAACAGCUCAUCACUCUGACACUGACUUCCUCCCAUUUAGUAUGCAAGUCUCAGACACACACACACACACACAGCCUGGUGAUACACACACCGUGCUGCUCAAGUGUUCCAUCAAUAGGUGUUCAGCUCCUCAUGCUUUCCCUAGUGUGAGGGCUUCUCCUAAUAGCUAGUUUAAUAAAAUGGUUAUUAUUAUUAACCUUGAUCCUGACUUCUAUUUUUAAUCCACUCGCAAAUAUCAGAAGUGUAAAUGAACAAUAUUUCUGUGAGCAGAAUGUGGUCUGCACUCGUGAACAAAUGAUUUACUGUGUACAAGACAAAUAGUUUAUGUGAAUGUAAGAAUGAACCAGAAUUGUUCUUUACACUUAUAAAUAUAAAUAUGUGAGUUUGAAAGUGUGUCAUUGCUGUUGAGCGCGAGAAAUCAAUUGAGACAGUGACUGACUGAGAGAGGCCUGGUGUGGAAUGUAUGUAUGUGUCAGAAUGAGUGAAAGUGAGGUUGAAAAAAAUAUUUUUUUAUUAAUGUAUUAUUCAUGAUUUUGGCUGGCUCCAAUUACACGCAUGAUUUUGCUACUUCAGAUUGGAGAGCACAUAUUAACUAUUAAUAAAGUAAAGACUUGCCUGUUCACUGUUAGUCAUAAUGCUGUAUGGUGUUGUGUGGACAUUUGGUGACCACUCAAAGGUAAAAUAAGGCUUAGCAGGACGCUAAUAAGUAUUUUAUAGUGACUGGCUAAUAUGCUGGUAAUACACAUCUGACUAAGUCGUUUAAUUAUGGUAACGUGUGUCAUCGUCUAAAGCCUGAGUUAUUUAGUGCAGUGACUCUAGCGCUGUAAGUUUUUUUGUUUUACACCUUUUGGGCCGUGAGGGCCCUGAGACGCUCAGUUUUAAUACAUGAGCCACGUAUGGUGGCAGUAGUGUGUCAGUGUAUUGACUUGACAGCUGCAAAUCUGUGACAGUUAAUUACUAUGCAGAAGUUUUUGAAAACAAAAAAAUGAUUCAGAAAGUCGGUGUCGCCCUCAACAGUAAAAACUGUUGAUGACAGCGCCUGUUGAAGCGGUUUUGAAAUGGCGAUACUUUUAUUUACAACUCACUUUUUUAUGUUAUGAUAUUUAGACAUGGAUUUAUUAUAUUUAUUUUAUUCUGAAUUGUAUUCAGUUUUUCCAAUUUUCUCAACAGUUUGCAUCAAGUGUAUUUUUUAAAUCUUUUUCUUUAGUGAAUUUGAUGAACAUGACUUGCACCUGGUUCUGCUGCUGGUUGGAUAAAGAAAUAUUUUUGCAAUGAUGCACAUGGUUUCGGUUUGCCUACGUCUAAGUAGCUUAAACAUGGUUGUUGAUCACAAAAGAACUCAACAGUAAUGAAUCAGUUCUAUUACUUGAACAGGCCCUGAGAUCAGAAAGGUUAAGUGCCCCUGAUUUAGUCUAUAUAAUGCUUUG